CCGAACAAUUAGCAUCUACAUAAACUUUCAAAAGUACAUAAUAUACAACCAUUACCAUGCAUUGCAUUACAAAAAUAACUGCUUUGUAUUUUAUUUGGUACACAGAAGACAUAAACGUUCUGUCGAGAAUGAGUUAAACAAUAUACACUAAACGUGUGCCAAACUAUCAAACUAAGCCUCAUAUCAUUUUGCUAAUAAAAUAUUGGGGUUAUAUACGAGGUAAGAUUAAACUAAAUGUUGAAAUAUCGCAGAGACACACAAUCUCAUUUCAUGACUCCAUAAAGAUGAUGCGCUCAAGCCAAAGGUGAAACAAUUGCAAGAUAAAGGAGAACAUUGUUGUUUAUCAGAUAUACUGACGUGUUUGAAUUUUGUGUGGUUUUAAUGAACGUUUGAAAAUAAAAUAUAUUUAUGUUGAAUACAGUCAGACGAUGUGAUUAAGUUUGAUUUUAAGUCACAGAAAAUUCCGUUUACUGGUAGAAUCAAUUUAUCGUAAAGUGAAUGGACUACAUAAACACUCAGACAUUCAGAUGCUGGAAUAAAAAAGAAUUCGUUCGUAUAACCGGAAUAACUCCAACCUGCACUUUUGUUGCAGAAAAUGUAUCGAAAAUGAAAAUGUUUUGUUAACAUUCCUCAUAAGAAAUAUCAAUAAAUAUUUCAAAAGUAAAGGAAUAUCCGGGAACUUUAAAAGAAAAAAUAGAAAUAGCUCGGGCGUUUAUUCUAUCUAAAGCUUCAAUAUACAGGUAGUAGUUUAAAAACUACUAUGAAAGAAGAAUAAGUGGCGCUUAUGAUCAAACAUCGCACAAGUGACUGUUACUUCAUGUAGAACGGCUUGUUAGAUUUAGCAAGUAGAACUAUGGAAUCAUUACUUGGUUUUCUUCAAGACAACGGGAAGGUUUUUCUCACAGUAGCGGUGGUUUUGGGAUCAGCCUGGUUCCUAUACAAGAAAAAGACGAGAACAUCUUACAAGCCAAGAGUGUGCGGCGUGGACUACCCACGUGACGUGGUCAUGUUUCAUGCGCUACGGCGGGACCGGCUCGCCCCGAACCUUGGUCACUUCUGUAUAAAACUAGAGACCUACCUCAGGAUCAACAAAAUACCGUACCAGUUUGAUGGUACUUCAAUGCCUCGACCAAAGGAGAAAGUCCCCUGGAUUGAAUACAACGGCGUCACGAUGGGAGAUUCCCAACUGAUCAUACAAUACCUUGAGGAAGAGUUUAAGGUGAAUCUAAAUGCCCAUCUAGCAUCGAAAGAGCGAGCAAUAGCCUGGGCUGUCCAGAAGUGGAUCGAAGAGUUUACAUACUGGUUGAAUGUUUACACAAGAUGGGUGAUUUUCAAUGAUGACAUGUUCAAGAUCCAGUCUACCUGCCCAAAGUACAUGAAGAUACCAUUGCGUAGGAAGGUUGAAAGCAUGCUGCACGCGGUCGGCGUUGGUCGUCAUAGCAAGGAAGAAGUUCACGCGAUGAUGGUGAACGAUUUAAAACAGUUUUCAGGUAUUUUAGGCGGUUGGAAGUACAUUAUGGGAGACCGGAUAUGCGAUGUAGAUUGUGCCGCGUUCGGCAUUCUGUCCCAAAUCCGCUGGUGUACGCCGUCCGCCUGUCCAGGAAACGCCUUGCUUCAAGGAGAUGAAUUAAGAAAUGUCACAGACUACAUGGACAGAAUACGAAACGAGUUUUGGCCGGAUUGGGGAGACAUAAUAAGCAAGGCUACCUAGAAAACUCAAAAUAAUGAUCAUGUGGAUGUAUGUUGUUAUUGGACUAAUGCAUAUCACCAUUAUUCAAUAAUCUCCAUAUUUAUGUGUAUAAUGUGCAUAUUGGACUAAUUUUCGCAAAUAAAUUAUACUCGAAGUUAAAAAGGCAGGAAACCAACACAUUUCUAGAUUCUUAGCUUACUCGCAAGAUACUACCUUCAUGGCGCGUGCCCACACCCUUACUUAACAAUACCAUAAGAGCUUAUAUUUAAGUAAAUAAACCAUCCACAAAAUUGGCAUGUGAAUCAUCAAAGACAAACAUACCAAACACUGUUUUAGUUAUGGCGGUGAGCUGUUUCCUGUCCAUAAGUGAACGCAAACUAAUAUAUAAUCAAAAUAG